AUGGGCGAUACACCAGCCCCCGCCAUCAGCACAGAAGCUGUCUACAAGACCGCGGAGUUGUAUCGAGAGGAUAGUCCACAAGCCGCAAAUCUCCUAAAACAUUCCAGUUACGUGGAUGAUUUGAUUGACUCACGUCCAAGUAAACCCGACGCGUUAAAGAUUGCCAAGGAAGCCGAGGAUAUCCUUGCCAAAGGAGGAUUUGCUGUAAAGUGCUGGCAAUUCAGUGGCGAAACACAACCUCGCGUGAAAGAAGAGUUGUUAAAAUUGGACCUGCCAGAAAAGAGUGUUGAAAGCUCAGACCAAGGACUAAUAAUGUUAAAAGGAACUGACGAAAACUUACGAGUGCUCGGUCUGGGAUGGAAUCCGAAGAAAGACACCAUCACCUAUGAAGUAACUUUGAAUUUCAGUAGCAAGAGACGCGGAGUUCGAACCGGUUCAAACCUGCUAUAGAAAGCGACCUACCAAGUGCAUUACCGAAUGUGUUAACCAGACGAAUCGUUCUUGGGCAAGUAAUGAAGAUUUAUGACCCACUCGGACUGAUUUCUCCAUUUACAUUGAUGGCCAAGAUAUACUUACGCGAAACCUGGUCCCGCAAGCUCUGAUGGGAUAACCCACUUCCAGCAGAACUUUGCAACAAAUGGUCCAAUUUCUUCACUGCUCUUUUCAAACUCAGCGUUUGUGUUUGGAGCGAUGCUUACUACCUGUGAAUAGUGAUGGACGCCCUUGGUUAAUAAUCUUGAGCGAUGGUAGUGAUCUGGCGUAUGGCUUUGCAGCUUACAUUCGAUGGAAAUUGGAUGAUGGAAGCUACUGGUGUAGGUUGAUCAUGGCGAAGUGUCGCAUUGCUCCAAUCAAUACGUUAUCUACCCCUCAGAUGGAGUUAAACGCAGCUGUUCUGCCGAAAAGAGGAAGAAAGGUUAUCGAGAAAGAAAUGAGGUUCGACUUCGAGAGAGUUUUACAAAUCGUGGUCUCAGAAACAGUCUUGAGUAUGAUCCACAAGACAAGCACACGUUUCAAAGUUCACGAGUGA